CCUCCCUUCCCCCAGCCCCUGCACCCCACCCAAACGAGAGUUUCCGGAGCCCCGGCUCGGGCGGUGUCCCGGGUGUAGACGCUGCUGGUCAACCCGACCCAGCCGAGGUUCUCAGCACCGCCUUGAGAGCUUCAGCUGCCCAGGAUUAGAAUCCCAAGAAAAUCAAAUGGCAUCUGGGGAUUUCUGCUCAUUUGGAGAAGGCAUAGAAAUACUUCAGCGAGAAGUGUGCAGGAAACAACUUCCUCCUUGUAAACUGAGUAAAGAGGACCUGUUACAGAACCCAUACUUCAGCAAGCUUCUACUGAGUCUCUCACAGCACGUGGAUGAGAGCGGCUUAAGCCUCACCCUAGCAAAUGACCAGGCUCAGGCAUGGAAGGAAGUUCGACUGCAUAAGACAACAUGGUUGAGGUCUGAGAUUUUACAUAGAGUCAUUCAAGAGUUGCUUGUGGAUUACUAUGUGAAGAUGCAAGAUACAAAUUUAACUUCUGAGGACAAAAAGUUUCAUGAGACCCUUGAACAACGGCUACUUGUAGCUGAACUGACUCGGCUCUUAGGUCCUAGCCAGGAGAGGGAGAUACCUCCACUGCCAGGGCUGGAGGAAGCAGACCUUCUGGAACUCAUACCACUCUCCGAGGAUUUUGCGUGGAUGAGGGCUCGACUACAGCAAGAAGUAGAGGAGCAGCUCAAAAAGAAAUGUUUCACUCUCCUCUGCUACUAUGAUCCCAACUCAGAUGCUGACAGUGAAACUGUGAAGGCAGCAAAGGUGUGGAAACUCGCAGAGGUCCUGGUGGGUGAGCAGCAGCAGUGCCAGGAUGCCAAGAGCCAGCAGAAGGAGCAGAUGGUGCUGCUGGAGAAGAAGAAUGCCACCUACUCCCAGGUGCUUCUCCGCUGCCUCACUUUGCUGCAGAGCCUUCUUCAGGAACACCAGCUGAAGACUCAAUCUGAGCUAGACUGCAUCAAUGCCCAGUACCUGGAAGUCAAGUGCAGUGCUAUGAUCCUUAAGCUGAGGAUGGAGGAGCUGAAGAUUUUGUCUGACACUUACACUGGUGAGAAAGUGGAAGUUCAUCGUCUGAUUAGGGACCGUUUGGAGGAAGCCAUUCACCUACGGGAGCAGGAAAUGGAGAAAUCAAGACAGGUCCUGAACUCCUAUGAGGUACUUGGGGAGGAGUUUGACAGGCUGGUGAAAGAAUACACCGUACUCAAACAGGCAACUGAGAACAAGCGGUGGGCCCUCCAGGAGUUCAACAAGGCCUACUGUUGAGCUCUGGAAGGGCCAGGAAGCAUGGCUUCUGCACAGCUGCUGCCUCCUAAUCUUCCUGCCAGUAGGACCACCUUCACCUGGGGCUGCCUUCACUACAAGGGAGUGUGGGAAUGCUUGUGCUUACUUGACACACUGUAGUCAGUUAGGCACCCUCCCUCCUGUUUCUUUUUCUUGUUUAUAAUGACUGGGCCUCUUCUGGAAAAUCUAGCAAGUAGAUUUAUAUAAUUUUUAUGCAUAGCUUUUUGUCAGUGUCAGCCCUGUAUUGUAUUUGAUUAUCUAAUGAAUAAAAUUAUGACAUUGUAAAAAAAAAAAAAAA